AUGGAGGCACUGAGGGAGGCUGAUUUGUGUUUUCCACAACUACUUAACGUCUCCUGUUUAAAGCCAGUGCAGCACCAUGCCGAAAACCUUUCCAUUUACAUUGUGUUGUCCUGCAUUUCUUUCAUUACUGUAACACUAAACCUGAUUGUCAUUAUCUCCAUCUCCCACUUCAGGCAGCUUCAAACCCCCACCAACCUGUUCCUUCUCUCUCUGGCUGUCUCAGACUUUCUUGUUGGACUGCUGCUCAUGCCAAUUCAAAUUUUACUGACUGGAGGCUGCUGGGUUCUGGGAAGCUUUAUGUGUGGAUUAUUUCAGUUUUCGUCUUUUAUGAUUACAUCUGCCUCAGUAGGAACUAUGGUGCUGAUAUCUGCUGAUCGAUAUGUGGCCAUCUGUGAUCCUUUGCAUUACCCCACUAUAGUCACUCCGAAAAGAGUUAAAAUCUGUGUUUGUCUAUGUUGGGCAUGUGCUGUGAUUUAUAAUGGCAUGAUAAUGAAAGACUUUCUUAAAAAUCCAGAUAUAUAUAAUUCCUGCUAUGGAGAGUGUGUUUUGUUGAUUGACUCUUUAGCAGGUUAUUUUGAUAUCAUUUUGACCUUUCUCGGCCCAGUAACAGUCAUCAUUGUUCUUUACUUGAGAGUUUUUGUGGUUGCGGUGUCUCAGGCUCGGGCAAUGAGGUCUCAUAUUGCUGCUGUUUCUGUACAGGGUUCACUUAGAAUAACUGCUAAGAAGUCUGAAAGAAAAGCAGCUACAGCUCUUGGUGUGGUUGUUGUUUUAUUUGUAGUUUGUUUUUGUCCUUAUUUUUACCCCUAUUUUGCAGGAGAGGAGUUGCUUUCUAAUGACAAAAUAUUAUUAAUUGCCAUAUGGAUAUUUCUUUUUAAUUCCUGUGUAAAUCCAAUAAUUUAUGCAUUUUUCUACCCAUGGUUUAGGAAAUCUGCUCAACUGAUUGUUACACUUCACAUACUACAGCCUCAAUCCUGUGACGCGAACAUACUCUAA